AAAUAAAACACCUUUGCGCUGCACCUCGACCAUCGUGAGGCAUUAAGUUGCUUCUGCCCCCUUCCUGCCCUUUUCUCCGCCCAUAUCCUCUCAAGAUGGCCUCUCAACCCUCUCAGCAGUAUGCAUUCCGUGCACAAAAGAAACUGGGUCUCGUCGGGGGAACCCCCAACUACGUGACUCUCGACAACUUCAAUGGACCCGAUGUACCAGCUCGCGCAUACCAGUACAGCUCUGAUGGUCGGCUCUUUGCAUACACACUUCCAACCAGUGUUCACAUAUACCAAGCCGAGGGUGCUCAGCUGCUACAGGAGCUGCCGUUGCCCAACAUUGUCGAGAUUAAUUUCUCGCCUCGUGGAACGUACAUUUCCACUUGGGAACGACCUGUCAAGUUGGAGGAUGGCUCACAGCACAAAAACUUGAGAGUAUUCUCCGUCUCCACUGGCGAAGAACUUGUCGCUUUUACCCAGAAGUCGCAGGAAGGGUGGGAUUUGCAAUACACCAUCUCCGAAUCACACGCAGUUCGUCUUGUCGGUCAAGAGAUCCAAGUAUUUCGACCCGCAGAGUGGUCUAAGGGCGUGGUCGAUAAGCUCAAGGUCGAGGGUGCGACCACGAUGUCUUUGAGUCCGGGACUUAAUCCAUCGGUUGCCGUCUUUGUGCCCGAGAAAAAGGGUCAACCUGCCUGUGUGAAAAUUUACAACCUCAUGUCUCUCGCAGGCGCGCCGAUGUCACAGAAGACGUUCUUCAAGGCAGACCGCUCGACAAUUAAGUGGAACACUAUUGGCACCCAGGUCCUCGUCCUGACUCAGACCGAUGUGGAUCAAGCGAAUAAAAGUUACUACGGAGAAACUGGUGGUCUCUACAUGCUCAGCGCGUCCGGUACCUUCGACUGCCGUGUCACACUAGACAAGGAAGGUCCUGUUCACGACUUCGCGUGGAGCCCUAACUCCAAGGAGUUUGGGGUCGUGUAUGGAUACAUGCCUGCAAAGACCAUGUUGUUCGAUCAGCGUGCCAAGACGCUACAUGACUUUGGUUCCGCGUUCUGCAACUUCAUUGCCUUCAACCCGCAAGGAAGGCUGAUUGCGCUGGCUGGAUUCGGUAACCUUGCUGGAAAUCUCGACAUACACGACCGUCGUUCGCUCAACAAGGUUACAAGCAUUAAUGCUGCCAAUACCUCACAUUGCGAGUGGUCACCCGACGGACGCUUCCUGCUUACUGCUACCCUAUCCCCUCGCCUGCGGGUCGAUAACGGCAUCAAGAUCUGGCAUUGCUCCGGACCGCUCAUGCAUGUCCAACUGAUCGAUGAGCUAUAUCAGACAUCGUGGAGGCCUGCACCCAUCGACGCUGUUCCUCAGUUCCCACAGAGCAUCCCACCUGCACCUGCACCUUCCCCCAGUGUUCAAGAAAAUGCCCAUAUUGCCAAACCUGCGCCAAUGAAGUUGGGCUCGUACCGCCCUCCUGGCGCUCGAGGUUUAGAGGCGUCUUCUGUGUACAAGCGCGAUGAGGGUACUCCGAGCGGUACAAACACGCCGAAUGGACGGUACAGCCGUAGCCCCGCUCCUGAUCGCGUGCGCACGAGGAGACACGUUCCCGGUGCACCUACCUCUCCUUCUCCCGUACGCAGUCCCGAUCCCGAAAAGCGAGGAAGGAAGGGUAAGGGCAAGAAAGAAGGCGCAAAGAAGGAGGCGACGACGCCUGUCAUACCCGGUACGCCUGCUGCUGAAGAUGGCAGACCGUCCCUCGAGAUCCAGGUGAACGGUAAAGCGACGAAUGGUCCUUUGAGCCCUGCCAACGGCUCUGUGCCGCAAACACCCGCCGACAGCAGUUCUUUGGAUCCCAUAGCCAAGAAAGUUCGUAAUUUGAACAAGAAGCUUCACUUAACAGCUUAAAGCCAUCGAAGAACUGAAAGAGAAGUCGAAGAAGGGCGAACGCCUGGAAGCCACGCAGCUCAAGAAGAUCGAGACGGAGGCAGAGAUCCGAAACGAACUUGCCAAGCUUGAUAUCUCGUCAUAGCUGCUCUUUCGUAUAUCCUCGUUCAUUCCACCGAUCUGACAGGCAACGAUCUGUAUGUUUUAGACUUCUCUCCGUAUAUGAUUCGUUCGUGCUAGGUUCUUAUAUCCGGCUAUGGUCAUGGACCCCUCGUUGCUCUUAUCGCUCUUACUUAGAAUAUACUCGCAUGGUCUGUCGCAGGUCGUUGGCGAAUGGCAUAAUUUAUUGGGUUGACACUGUCACGAUGUAACGUGUGAGUGAAGUCUACAAUGAAUUCAGAAUGCCUCGGAGGGUACGCGUUGACUCAUUGGAGUACCUUGCUUCAAUGCUGAGGCGUCUGUCGACCCGUCACGAGUGGUGAAA